GCUGGAAGCGCUUUCAGCCUUUAUGAACGUGUAUUUUGGAAUAUAUAUUGCUGAAAAAGGAAUAAAACCAUUUUCAUUAUUAAAUAUUAUAUUUCUCGCUUUCUACCGUUACUGUACGAGGAAAUACUACUUCCAAAGAGAAAAGACCUAUGCAUGGAUGAGGUUUAUCACCCGCAGCUUUUUCAUAAUUGCAUCUCUUAUAUAAAUACCAACUGGUUAAGUUCCUAUUUAAAACAAGGACGCCAUAACAUCUCUUUGAAGGGUUUACGUUUGAUGGUCAACAAUCUAUGAAUUCAGCUUUCGGAUGGCCUCCGAUAGUCUUGGACUCGUAAUACUCGUAUAAAUACUUUUUUUAAUGUUUCUAUUAUUACUAUGGUUGUUUGUUUACGCAUUGUGUCUGAUAUACCGGUCGCUGUAUUUGUUUACAGUUGACAAAAAUAGGCAUAUAAGGGCGCUCGGUAGGAAAUAAUCUUCACCGGUCCACUCACUCGACAAAGAUGAAGUUGUCAUUAAAGAAUUUUGGAUUGUCAAUCGGACUCAUGUCGGGUGUUGUGUCCCCGGUCCUAGCACUAGGUGCUGAAGACUGGAAAAAGCAAUCCAUUUACUCUGUUUUGACUGAUCGAUUUGCACCAAGCAACUUGGUUCCUCACUGCAACAUUCAUUUGGAAAAGCAUUGUGGAGGAGACUGGCGUGGAAUAGCAGAUCAUCUUGACUAUAUUCAGGAGCUGGGCUUCACAGCAAUUUGGAUUUCUCCUGUCGUUCAACAGGUCGAGAUUCCUGAGAAAUCAGGGCUUGGUGAAGCUUACCAUGGAUAUUGGCCCAAAAACUACUAUCGUCUUAAUCCUCAUUUCGGUACUGAGAAAGAAUUGAGAGAGCUUUCCCAUGCACUCCAUAUGCGUGGCAUGCACUUGAUGGUUGAUGUAGUAAUUAAUCACAUGGGUCCUCAAUGGACGAAUGAAACAGACUACUCGCAAUACUAUCCUUUCGACGAAGCAAAGUAUUACCACGAGCCCUGCCCCGUUAUUGAUGAUGAAAAGGUAAGUUACGAGAAGUGCAUGAUCCCGUGCAAAAAUUCCAGCUUGCCUGACAUUAAUACGGACUUGAUUUCGGUCAAGGAAACACUAAAAGAAUACAUCCAUUCAUUCGUAAAAGCCUUUAAGGUAGAUGGAAUUCGCAUUGAUUCAGCAAAACAUCUUCCCAAGGAAUUUGUGUCAGAAUUUUGCAAGGCUGCUGGAGUCUUUUGCAUGACUGAAUUGUGGUCUUAUAAUCCAGUUGAAAUUUGCGAUUGGCAAAACUCAAUUGAAGGAUUAAUGAAUUUUCCAGCCGAGGAUGCGGCCAGAAGAGCUUUCCUUUCUAGCAAUCUUGAUGGAAUCGUCGAUUUGGCUGAUGUGAUGACUGACAUACGUGGACUUUGUCGUGACCCUUUAACUUUGGGAAAUUUUGUUGAAAGCCAUGACUUAUCAAGGAUGGCAUCCGUCACCAGUGAUCCCGCUGCUCUCAAGAACGCGAUCGCUUUUGUUCUUAUGGGUGACGGAAUUCCUAUUAUGUAUUAUGGUCAAGAACUUGCUUUGAGAGGUAGUGUUGAGCCUUAUAAUCGCCCAGCUUUUUGGGAGAAAGGCUUCCCUAGGAGAAAUCCUUAUUAUUACUUUACCUCGGUAAUCAACAACUUCCGCAAUGCUAUGAUCAACAGUGAAGAUGGAGACGCUUUCUUAAGCUCUCAGUCCGAUAUAAGCAUUGUAGAUCACAGAGUAAUGUUGCUCCAGCGUGGAGACGUAAUCACCGUAGUUAAUAACCUGGGAUCCUUUUAUAUUCGUUUUCACUAUACUGUUUCUAGCCUUGAACACAAAUGGAUUGACAUUAUCACUUGCAAGACUGUUCCCGUGGAAGACAACCGUCAAGUUUUUAUUAUCCGCAAUGGUGAUCCUAUGAUUCUGUAUCCAGAAUAUAAGGCUUAUGAGCUUGGUAUCUGUCCUUCUCCUAGCAUUCCUACAGAAGACAGAUUUUACAAAGGUAUUAAUACAGACGCUGCUACUCCAGCUUCAGAUUCCUCUUUGUCUUUUGCUUCGCCUUCACCAGACACAGAGGAUGCUCAAGUCUCCAAGGCACCAGAACAUAAGCAAAGUGUUAACAGUAUAAUUGCUGCACUAUUUAUCUCUUUGAUUAUGAUUUUGUGAACGGAAGGCUGUCGGUUACCUUAUGAUUUAACGAAGUUUACUUUUUCUACUGGAAUUGCGUUCCGACAUGAAUUUAUGAUGACUUUUUGGAAUGAAAUAUACUUUUAAUGAAUGUAACUAGUAAGUUUAUCC